CAGGUUCGCGCACCCAAUCAGGAAAUGCCAAAGGUAUGCGCCCGAGCUACACCAGCUCCAUGACCGCCAUCCCAUGUUCGGGGUCACAUGAGCCCUUCCAGUUGAUAUUCAUGCCGACCCACCCCCGCAUCAUCUCACCCCCCACCCCACCCUCCGGCACGUCCGGCAGCCCACCGGGGUCACACACCAUCCAGUCUUGCAGCUGUGAUUGGUCGAAGCGGGUCUUCAGAAUGGACCUGAGGGGAGCCUGGGGAGUCUUGGCUGCUGUGGUGCCCUGCUGCGGGCCCACUGGUCGGCCCUUGAGCGUCUGACUCGGUCCGUUUUGUCUCCACAUGCGCCACAAUUGGCUCGCGUGCCGAGCCAGGCCCCACCUCUCCCACUUGUUGUCUUUGCAUCUCUUGUCGUACCUCAGGUGCGAGUACCUGUCGCCUGAAUGCAUGCAUGGUGACACACGCACAGGACAGGGCAACCAACCAGGAGACAUGGAUUAAUCGAUGGAGUGUCGCUGCCGCUAUGGAGCUUACCCAUCUGUCCGAGCUCCUCCGCCUCUUCCUCGAGGGCGUAUGUGCGGAUCUCACUGACGGGCAGAGGCCCGAUGGGUCGCUUGUCCGUUCCGUGCUCAUACAUGGCGAACCGGACGCCGGUUGUCUUGGUGUCAUAGACGCAACUGCUCACACGAACACAUAUAUAGAGAGGGAGGGAGACAUGAGUGGGGGUCGUAAUGUGUGUGUCUCUCUUCUCAGCUCGCUCGUUGCCUUUCCGCCUCCACUUACGGUUCCUCGGGAUCAAAGAGGUCCUGCACAAACAAAGGGGUGUCCAUGAUAUCUUGACCCAUCUCCACGGCCGCGUCAUAGAGCUCUUUGCCCACGUCCAGCCAGCUCACCGAAUGCGCCGGCUGCUGCGCCGGCUGCUCGCGGACAGGCCGGGCAGCGGCUGCCGGGGUGGUGGCUGCGAGGCUUGGCAAGGGUGGGAGAGGGAGUGGGAGCGCGGUCCCAUCUCUGUCGUCCUCCCUUUGGUCACUGAAGAGCUCCGUCUCCACAUACAACUCAAUCUGGCGGUCGACCAAAGUGUCCUUCUCCUUGUCAGUCUGAAGCCGUGUCUUGGCCUCCUUGACCGUGAGGCACUCGAUUUCCUCCAGCCCCAUCUCCUGGGCCAACUGCUGCUCCUAAGAGUCUGUGAGCGAAAAGGCCGGUGAGGACCUUUCCUGUAGUUAGCUGAAUAGAGGAUCUGCUGGGCGGUAAGUCCCAGAGUAAGAGUGCUUUUA